GCCAGCAUCCCCAGGGCUGCUGCAGGAUGCGGGCUCCAUGGGACUGCUCUGGAUCCUCUCCUUCCUGCACUCCACCUUCUUCGGGGAUGAGGCCCUGGACGAGCUGAAGAUGUCUGGCUCCAUCGCAUCGUACGACCAGCUGGUGCGGCAGGUGGAGGCGCUGAAGAAGGAGAACACGCAUCUGCGCCGGGAGCUGGAGGACAACUCCAACCACCUCUCCAAGCUGGAAAAUGAGACCUCGGACAUGAAGGAAGUCCUGAAGCACCUGCAGGGCAAGCUGGAGCAGGAGGCCCGUGUCAUGGUGUCCUCCGGACAGACGGACGUGCUGGAGCAGCUGAAAGCGCUGCAGAUGGACAUCACCAGCCUCUACAACCUGAAGUUCCAGCCGCCCGCCCUGGCGCCCGAGCCAGCCUGCCCGGGCCACAGCCCCGAGGGCAGCCCCCUGCACGCCGCACCGCUCCAGAAGAAGGACAGCAUGGGGGACCUGAGCCGGGCCACCAUCCGGCUGCUGGAGGAGCUGGACAGGGAGAGCGGGAUCGAGAAGGAGGAGAAGGAGAAGCUGUGGUACUACACCCAGCUGCAGGGCCUCUCCAAGCGCUUGGACGAGCUCCCGCACGUCGAGACGUUCUCCAUGAAGAUGGACCUGAUCCGGCAGCAGCUGCAGUUCGAGGCGCAGCACAUCCGCGCGCUCAUGGAGGAGCGGUUCGGGACCACCGACGAGAUGGUGCAGCGGGCGCAGAUCCGAGCCUCCCGCCUGGCGCAGAUCGACAAGGGGGAAGCAGUCAGCUCCUCCCCGUUGUGUCUGCCCCUGCAGCUGUGCGGGAAGCUGCAAGGCCUGGAGGGGGAUGGCAGCCUGGAUGUCCCGACGCAUCCCGAGGACGGGGCGAGCCACGCGGGCAGCAGUAAGCAGGUGGAAGUGGUCUUCUGGCUCCUGUCCAUGCUGGCGACGCGGGACAAGGACGACAUGUCGCGCACGCUGCUGGCCAUGUCCAGCUCGCAGGAGAGCUGUCUGGCCAUGCGCAAGUCGGGCUGCCUCCUGCUGCUCCUCCAAAUCCUCCACGACGCGGCACGGGACCCGGGCGCGCCCCAGAGCCCCGGUGGGAGUGGGGGCAAGGAUGCCCGUAUGCGCGCCAACGCCGCCCUGCACAACAUCGUCUUCUCGCAGCCCGACGAGGGCCAGGCCAAGCGGGAGAUGCGGGUGCUGCACGUGCUGGAGCAGAUCCGCUCCUACUCGGAGACCUGCUGGGACUGGCUGCAGAUGCAGAGCAAGGACGGGGGCAAGGACCCCGAGGGCAGCGCGGCCCCCGUGCCCAUCGAGCCGCAGAUCUGCCAGGCCACCUGCGCCGUCAUGAAGCUGUCCUUCGACGAGGAGUACCGGCGAGCCAUGAACGAGCUGGGUGGGCUGCAGGCCGUCGCCGAGCUGCUGCAGGUGGACUACGAGAUGCACAAGAUGACAAGCGACCCCCUCAACCUGGCGCUGCGGCGAUACGCGGGCAUGGCGCUCACCAACCUCACCUUCGGGGAUGUGGUGAACAAGGCAACGCUGUGCUCCCGCCGAGGCUGCAUGCAGGCCAUCGUGGCCCAGCUGGCAUCGGAGAGCGAGGAGCUGCACCAGGUGGUGUCCAGCAUCCUGAGGAAUCUCUCGUGGCGGGCCGACAUCAACAGCAAGAAGAUCCUCCGGGAGGUGGGCAGCGUGACCGGGCUCAUGCAGUGCGCCUUGCGUGCCACCAAGGAGUCCACGCUGAAGAGCGUGCUCAGCGCCCUGUGGAACCUGUCGGCCCACAGCACGGAGAACAAGGCAGCCAUCUGCUUGGUGGAGGGGGCGCUGGGCUUCCUCGUCAGCACCCUCACCUACAAGUGCCAGAGCAACUCGCUGGCCAUCAUCGAGAGCGGGGGCGGCAUCCUGCGCAACGUGUCCAGCCUCGUGGCCACGCGGGAGGACUACAGGCAAGUGCUGCGGGAUCACAACUGCCUGCAGACGCUGCUGCAGCACCUGAAGUCGCACAGCCUGACCAUCGUGAGCAACGCCUGCGGCACCCUCUGGAACCUGUCCGCCCGCAGCCCCAAGGACCAGGAGCUGCUGUGGGACCUGGGCGCCGUGAGCAUGCUGCGCAACCUCAUCCACUCCAAGCACAAGAUGAUCGCCAUGGGCAGCGCCGCCGCGCUGCGCAACCUGCUCACCCACCGGCCCCCCAAGUACAAGGACGCCACCGUCAUCUCCCCGGGCUCCUGCAUGCCCUCCCUCUACGUGCGCAAGCAGAAGGCGCUGGAGGCUGAGCUGGAUGCCAAGCACUUGGCCGAGACCUUCGACAGCAUGGAGAAGCAGAGCCUCAAGGGCCAGAGCGUGAAGAAGCCGCUGAGGCACAUGGAGAGCCUGGUGAAGGACUACGCCUCCGACUCCGGCUGCUUCGACGACGACGAGGUGCCCAACGUCUCCACCGGCGUGGACACGGGCAAUGCCUCCGUCCUCUCCAUGUUCCUCAACUCCUCCUUCCUCCAGGGACAGGCCCUGCCCCGGGCCGUCACCCAGAGGAGGGGUCCGGAGCCAGAGAAGGAUGACAGCGGCAAGCCGGCCGAGCCCAAGAAGCCCCCGGCGCCCACCGACGACGUCUCGCUGGCCGCCGAGAAGCUGGCCAACAAGAUCUCCACCACGGUGGCCAAGAUCGACAAGCUGGUGGAGGACAUCUCCACCCUGCACACGUCCUCGGACGACAGCUUCAGCCUCAGCUCCGAGGACCACGGUCUGGACUGGCAGUACGGCUCCGACGAGGUGCACGAGGCCCGGGCCCAGUCCUGCUCCCCGUGCCGCCUCUCGGACGCCGGCAGCUUCGCCAAGCGCGAGAGCCUGAGCCGGGCGCGCACGCUGCUGCGGCUGAAGACGGCCUACACCAGCCUGUCCACCGUCAGCCUCAACAGCGGCAGCACCAGCGACGGCUACUGCACCAAGGAGCACAUGAAGCCUUGCACCCGCGCCUCCUUCCUGGGCUACAAGGAGGAGCUGCAGCGGUACCAGAAGAGGCCCAGCCGCCUGGACCUGAAGAACAUCCUCUCCAGCCGGCCCGAAAAGAUGGAGCCGCCUGCCAUGAAGGCCAAGGAGCCGGCCGAGCCGGAGAAGCCGGAGACGAGAGACCUGCACGAACGGGCCAAGAAAACCGUCACCUUCCCCGGCCCGGGCAUCCAGGGCAAGGAGCCCGAGGGCACGCAGGAGGCCGGGUCCCAGCUCAGUGCCGACCCGCAGGUCCACACCAUCAAGCUGUCCCCGUCCUACCAGCACGUGCCGCUCCUGGAGAGCCUGGCCAAGACCUCCAGCAGCAGCGGGGGGCUCCCGGGGACCUCCUACCCCCCGACUCUCCCAGGCAGGAAGCAAGCCUGGCUGCCCCCCGGGCUUCUGCAGACCUCCGAGAGCCUGAGCAAGAUCCCGGAGAAGCUGGCGGCCCCGGCCCCGGCCGCGCAGGAGUCGGUGCAGAAGUACUCGGUGGAAGACACCCCCAUCUGCUUCUCCCGCUGCAGCUCCCUGUCGUCCCUCUCGUCCGCCGACAACGUGCUGGACGGGCAGAGCCACAGCGAGAACGAGAUCGACAGCGACUCCUCCCUGGAGAUCAUCGAGGUGGACGAGGGCGCCGCGUCGGCCGAGGAGGCCGAGGGGAGGCGGGAGAAGGAGGUGGUGGUGGAGCCGGCUACGCCCGUGGGCAUCUCCCAGCCCAUCGCCAUCCCCUUCGCGAAGCGGGACAAGGUCUUCCUGCGGGAGUUGUCCCCGUCCCGCCCGGAGGACCUCACCCCCUCCAGCUCCUCGGAGAACUACAUCCAGGAGACGCCGCUGGUGAUGAGCCGCUGCAGCUCCGUCAGCUCCCUGGGCAGCUUCGAAAGCCCGUCCAUCGCCAGCUCCAUCCAGAGCGACCCUUGCAGCGAGAUGAUCAGCAGGACCGUCAGCCCCAGCGAGCUGCCCGACAGCCCCGGCCAGACCAUGCCCCCCAGCCGCAGCAAGACGCCCCUCUUCGAACUGGGCGCGCCCCCCGAGAAGGAGCCCAGCCAGUUCAACAUCCAGUGGGAGAACAACGUCAAGAAGUUCAUGGACAUCACCGACUUCAAGGAGCGGUUCCAGCUGCCCCAGGACCUGGACUCCAUGGUCUACUUCACGGUGGAGAAACCCAACGAGAACUUCUCCUGCGCGUCCAGCCUCAGCGCCCUGCCCCUCCACGAGCACUACGUCCAGAAGGACGUGGAGCUGAAGCUCCUGCCCCCCUUCCCCGAGAAGAACGGCCUGAACUUCGUGGCGCACGAGAAGCGGGAAGACCGGCGGGAGGAGCGGCGCCGACCGGAGCACACCUCCGACGACGACAUCGAGAUCCUCAAGGAGUGCAUCAACUCGGCCAUGCCCUCCCGCUUCCGCAAGGUCAAGACCUCCCUCGUCUCAGGCCUGCCCGCCCAGGCCAAGAAGGCCGUGCACGUCCCGGUGUACAUGCUGGUGCCCACCCACCCGGCCCUGGGCGUCCCCCGGCCGCUGCGCUCUGCCCCCCGCGAGCUCUUCAAGGACGACGACUCCUUCACCGACUCCGCCGAGGGCACGCCGGUUAACUUCUCCAGCGCCGCCUCGCUGAGCGACGAGACCCUGCGCUACCCCCUCAAGGAGGAGCCCGACCUCCCGCGUGGCCCGGGGAGGCGGCCGGAGAGGAAGGAGGCCGUGCCGCCGGUGCCGGGACGCAAGGCGAUGGAGCCGCCCCACGAGCCGGGGAGCUCGGGCGCCCUCGCGGGCCAGAAGGCGUCUUCCAGCCACUCCACGCCCACCAAGACGGGCGCGGGCUACAAGCCGAAGGCCGGCUCCAGCCGGGCCAGCCCCGUUCCCGCAGCCACCGAGGGGAGGAGGGGGCCAGUGCCCUUGAAGAACGGGCCCGGCCUGGAGCUCAACAUUGUCCGGCCCAGGAAGGAGCCCCAGGCCGACGGCGCCCCGGGGAGCCUGGCUUUCCAGUCCCUGUGCCACACGACGCCCACCGAGGAGGCCGUCUACUGCUUCUACGAGAACGACUCCGACGGCCCGGUGCCGCGGGGGCCGGCUCCGAGGAAGGACCGCUGGGGCGGCGCGGCCCCCAGGAAGGAGCUGGAGCCGAGCGCCCGGCAGCUGCUCCAGGCCAAGACCAAGCUGGCAGCCAAGCUGCAGAACAACCUCAUCGUGGACGAGACGCCGCCGUGCUACUCCCUCAGCUCCUCGCUCAGCUCCCUGAGCGACGUGGACCUCUACGAGGAGCGCGCGCCGGCCCACGGCAAAGCCGGGCGGGCGCUGGCCCUCAGCCGGGCGCCGGAGAGAGACCGGGACAGCUCCCCCAGCUCCCUCAGCGUCAACUCGGACGACGACCUGCUGCAGAAGUGCAUCGGCUCGGCCAUGCCCAAGCGCCGGCGCCACUUGGCCCGGCGCAGGAACGCGGAGCGGAAGCAGAAGCUCAAAGGCGCCAACCCGCAGAGCGGUGCCGGUGGCAAGGAGUGGAAGCCGGAGCCGCGGCAGGACGAACCCACCUCGGACCGGGGCUCGGACCUGGACAGCGUGGAGUGGAAAGCCAUCCAGGAAGGCGCCAACUCCAUCGUCACCUGGCUGCACCAGGCGGCCGCCUCGCUGUCCCGGGAGCCGUCCUCGGAGUCCGACUCCAUCCUCUCCUUCGUGUCGGGGCUGUCGGUCGGCUCCACCCUGCAGCUCUCCUUGGACAGGCAGGACAAGCAGCGGGCGGCGAGCGGAGGGCGCCUGGAGGCAGAGAAGAGAGAGCACGGCAGGGCCUCCCAGGCGGGCAGGAAGGUGGCUGACGCCCGGGCCGCCGCGGGCAGGAAAAGCCUGGGGCCGCAGAAGUCCAUGCCCAACCUGCCGGUGGUCUUCCGGGGCCGCACGGUCAUCUACAUGCCCAAGCCGGCCAAGGACGUGGCCAGCCCCCGUGCCACGCCGAAGAAAACGGGCGCCUCCAAGCCCGAAGCUCCCGGCAAGGCCCUGAGCCUGAGCCAGCAGCGGUCGCGGAGCCUGCACCGGCUGGGGAAGACCUCGGAGAUGCCGGAGCUGAGCUUGCCCAAGCGCAGCGCCACCCCCCCGGCCAGGAUCGGCAAGGCCCCCUCCUCCGGCUCGUCCCGCACCUCCACCCCGUCCCAGCCCUCCCAGAAGAAGCUGGGGUCUCCCUCCCAGCUCGCCAAGCAGCUGCCCUCUCCGGGGGGGAAAGCCGGCGGCAUCUCUCCGCCGGGCCCCCCCGCCAGAGCGCCGCCCCAGAAGCCCCCGGGCAGCAAGCAGCACAAGACCCAGAAGUCGCCCGUCCGCAUCCCCUUCAUGCAGAAGCCGGCCAGGAAGCCGCUGUCGAGCCGCAGCCCCCUGCCGGCGGGCAGCGAGUCGGCCCGCUCGGGCUUCCUGCGGCAGCUGACCUUCAUCAAGGAGUCGUCCAGCCUCGUCCUGCGGCACCGCGCCGAGCUGUCGUCCUCCGAGUCCGUGUCCUCGCUGUCCCAGAGCGCCUCGCCCAAGAGGAGCCGGGCCGGGCUGCCGGCCGUCUUCCUCUGCUCCUCCAGGUGCGACGAGCUCAAGGCGGCCAAGCCGGCGGGGCCCAACCCACGCCCGGCCGUGCCCCGGACCCCGGCCAACGGCAAAGCGGCCCCUGGCAUGAGGCCGCCAAGGAGAACCAGCUCCGAGAGCCCCUCCAGGCUGCCCGUGAAGGCCGGCGCCCGCCCGCCCGAGCCCUUCAAGCGCUACUCGUCAUCCCCCAACAUCAGCCUCAUCAAGAGGACCGGCAGCCCCUCCGCCGUCCCGUCCCCUUGCUCCGAGGCAUUGGCCCAGAGGAGGAAGAACGAAGAGGCCCCCGCGCUGCCCUCCAGGAGCCCAGCAGGGAGCCCGGGGCAGCCGGACAAGCAGAAGAUGAUGAUGAUGAAAGGCACCUGGCGAAGGAUCCGGGAUGAAGACAUCCCGCACAUUCUCAAAAGCACCCUCCCCUCCUCGGCCCUGCCGCUGGUCAACACCGUGGAGGCCGCCCCGGGCUCCCAGCCCCCCGCCCAGCGGAAAACCAGCGACGCCGUGGUGCAGACCGAGGACUUCUCCACCACCAAGACCAACUCCAGCACGUCCCCCACCCUCGAGACCCGUGAGAUGCCCAAGAGCUGCGACGCGGAGGGGCUGGCUCCUGGCAAAGGCGCCGUGCCCAUCUCCUUCAGCCACGAGGCGCCAGCCGGCUCCGUCGGGCACUUCCCCUCCAGCAGGCACAGCUCCCCGAGCCGGGCCGCCCGGGUGACUCCCUUCAACUACAUCCCCAGCCCCAUGGUGGUGCCGACCGUGAGCGACAAAUCCGUGGAGAAAAUUCAGGCUUGAGCCGCCGCCAGAAAUGCAACCUCUGCCUUG